CUAAGAGUCGAAGGACACACGGAAGUUUGAACGCUUCCGAGAAGCUCUUCGGACGUCAAGUGUUGACUGGUUGAUUCGAGUGUACCUUAAAAUUUGAUAGGAACCAGAGCCAGAACCGGAACCAGUGCCUUUUUACGACGAAUAUUUGUACGAGCGUAAACGAAGUAGAGGUGGAAACUAUCAAAUCUCUCGAAUCGGAACCAGUUAUGGAGAAUCCAGAUACUCAAGGCAGCCCUGCACCAGAAUCAGAAGAAGAUGAGACGUCCGAAGAGUUCCGUACGCAGCUACAGAGUGUCCAGAAACAACUGGAGGCAUUAUCGAGCCUUCCAAUAACGAUCCAAGCUACGAUUGCUGCCCUAACAGAGCAGCUUUCCGUCUUGGCUCAACCGAAAAGAAAAUCCAAGAGCAUUACUCCACGACCAGAAGCAGGAUCAUCAGCAACGACGCAAGCCGACGGCGCUGACGCCUCUGCGACUUCGGGCGACGCCGUCCCGGAAGUGUCGGAAACCUUUGAGGUUACCGAGUACAGUAAAACGGAAGCCAGUGCAGCAGAAAGUGAACAGUCUGCUAGCUCCGACGACGGUGAACACAUUAUCUAUACCGACGAACAAUUGGAAAAACUUCAGGAAAAGAUGCGGGAACACGACAUUGAGUGGACCGAUCGGAACGAUAAGAAACCUCAAUAUCAGACAGUUGAGUGGGCGAUCAAAGCACGCAGAUGUUACUUGGUACUACAAGAAGAGGAGGAGGUGGAAUACAUAACACUGCCCUUACGAAUCUCACAAGCGAUAUACACUGGAGAAGAGUCGGACGCAACUUCAACACAUUGUCAACAACUUACUACACAACCAACCCAAGACACCUUACCUGCUACCGUAGAAGCACAGUAACCACAAUUGUACUUUCAAAACAGAUUAAAUACAGUUUUUCGAUACCGAACAAUGAAAUAU